AUGUCCAAAACCUACAGCAUCGCCGCCAUCCCCGCUGAUGGAAUUGGCCCCGAAGUCAUCGAGGCGGGUAUCAUUGCCCUCAACGCCUUGACGGAGACCCUCAAGACUUUCAAGCUCGAGUUCAAGAACUAUGACUGGAGCUCCGAGACCUACAAGAAGACCGGCAAAUACAUUCCUGAUGGCGGUCUCGACGAGCUGAAGAAGCACGACGCCAUUUUCUUCGGUGCUGUUGGCGCGCCUGACGUCCCGGACCACAUCUCCCUCUGGGGUCUGCGCCUGUCCAUCUGCCAGCCCUUCCAGCAGUACGCCAACGUUCGCCCAACUCGCGUCUUCCGUGGCACCGAGUCUCCCUUGCGCAACUGCAACACCGGUGACCUGGAUUGGGUAAUCAUUCGUGAGAACAGCGAGGGUGAAUACGCCGGCCAGGGUGGUCGCUCUCACACCGGAAAGCCGUGGGAGGUUGCUACCGAGACGGCUAUCUUCUCGCGCCACGGUGUCGAGAGAAUUAUGCGAUUUGCCUUUGAGACGGCCCAGAAGCGCCCGCGCAAGCUGUUGACUGUCGUUACUAAAAGCAAUGCUCAGCGCAACGGCAUGGUUCUGUGGGACGAGGUGGCCAAGGAUGUCGCGAAGGACUUCCCCGAUAUCACUGUUGACAAGAUGCUGGUGGAUGCCAUGACCACCCGCAUGGUUCUGAACCCCAAGAGCCUGGACACCAUUGUUGCCACUAACCUUCACGCCGAUAUCCUUUCCGAUCUUGCUGCCGCCCUGGCCGGCUCCAUCGGCAUUGCGCCCACCUCCAACCUCGACCCUACUCGCCAGUACCCCAGCAUGUUCGAGCCUAUCCACGGAUCUGCCUUUGACAUCACUGGUAAGGGUAUCUCCAACCCCGUCGCCACCUUCUGGACUGCCGCCGAGAUGCUCGCCUGGCUCGGUGAGGAGGAGGCUUCCAAGAAGCUUCUGGACUGCGUUGAGAAUGUUUGCGAGAAGGGCAUUCUCACUCGCGACUUGGGCGGCAAGGCCAGCACCAAGGAGGUGACUGAUGCUGUUGUUGAGGAGAUCAAGAAGCUGGCUUAA